CGGGGCGCGGAACAACGGAUACUAAGCAGACCGACAAUUGGAAAUUGGCACUAGGAGUCAGGACGCUGUGUGUGCCAGAUCUGGAGGCGGCCUGAGAGGACCGGAGAUGGAGCACCGCAGCCGGGCUGGACGGCCCCUGUCCGCGUCUGCGCAGAGGAUCCUGGCUGCGCUGAGGGCCCAGCACGCAGACAGAGGGGCCCUGCGCAGACGGAGGUCUGUGCCUUCAGCAGGAGAAACAGGAGGAGCUGUGCUGAGGCGAAUUCAGGAGGAGGGCAGCUGGAGCAGAACACAGCAGGGCUCAACCACAGGGGAUCAGAGAGGAGCUGGCAGAUCGUGGUCCAGGGGUCACCUCGGGGAUCACCUGCAGGUGGAGGGGAUCAGGGACCGGCCUUCUCUACCUCCUUACGCACAUAUCCCGGAGCUGAGCUGGAACAGCAGGAAUGGAGGGCGGGCCCCAGCAGUCGGUGCUCCCCUUUCACCCCAGGGGCCCCCAGAGGAUGAGGGUGGGAUCAGGGGCAAUGGGGCGGGUCCUGAAAGGGAGAGUGGGGCCAGGCAGCUGCUGCUUCAGUCUGACAUCAUCAACAUGGGAGGGGCUCAGGCUAGCGGCCACGGGGAGAGGGAGGGGCCGUGCAGAGUGGCAGGCCGAGAGGAGCCAGUGCUGGGGGCCCUGAACCACCCAGUAUGCCAGGCAGGGCCUCAGGGUGGACGGAGGCAGUUUGGGAGACUGCUGCUACCGCCGUGGAACCGCGUGUCAAAGGAAGGGGAGCAGGCAGGGCGGGGCAAAGAGGGGGCGGAGUCUGAAAAGGGGCUUGCCAAAGCGCUGGGGGACGGACAGAUCAGGAGCUUUGGAAGAGGGUCGUGGCCUGCGAGAGAGGCGGCAUUCCGGUUGCUUGGAGACAGCGUAACGCAGGGAGGUGAUUGGGUUGGGUGGGGACGCGGUGAGAUGCUCCGCUUUGGGCGGUCCCUGCAGAGGGAUGACGUGGUCGAGGAUGCAGAAGAGAGGCGCUGCAGAAAUGGUGCGGUGUUAGGGAUGCAGCCAGCAGUGCAGGGGGGAUUCCAGGUGACCUCGCCCUCUGGGUGGGAGGCCGCCCCUACAGAGAUAGAGUGCUUCAGGAACCCCUCCUGGAGCGACACUGGAGCAGGGGACCAGCUAGCGAUCUAUAGGGAGGAGGACAGACUGAGUCCAUUUAGGCACACUGUGCAACAGGAGGACCAUUUGGUGUGCUAUAGGGAGGAACAGGCGGGAGGCUAUAGGGAGGAACAGGCGGGAGGCUACAGGGAGGAACAGGCCAGAGGCUACAGGGAGGAACAGGCCAGAGGCUACAGGGAGAAACAGCCAAGAGCCUACGGGGAGGAACAGGCCGGAGGCUGCAGGGAGGAACAGGCGGGAGGCUCCAGGGAGGAACAGGCCGGAGGCUGCAGGGAGGAACAGGUGGGAGGCUACAGGGAGGAACAUGCAGGAGGGUACAGGGAGGAACAUGCAGGAGGGUACAGGGAGGAACAGGCGGGAGGCUCCAGGGAGGAACAGGCGGGAGGCUCCAAGGAGGAACAGGCGGGAGGCUACAGGGGGGAACAGGCGGGAGGCUCCAAGGAGGAACAGGCGGGAGGCUACAGGGAGGAACAGGCCGGAAGUUACGGGGCAGAACAGGCGGGAGGCUCCAAGGAGGAACAGGCGGGAGGCUACAGGGGGGAACAGGCGGGAGGCUCCAAGGAGGAACAGACGGGAGGCUACAGGGAGGAACAGGCCGGAAGUUACGGGGCAGAACAGGCGGGAGGCUCCAGGGAGGAACAGGCCGCAGGUUCCAGGGAGGACCAGGCGGGAGGCUGCAGGGAGGAACAGGCGGGAGGCUACAGAGACUCUGAGAGGGAUCCACACUCUGAGUAUCAGGACAACAGAGAAUACACAGGAAGUGCGGCAGUGUGUCCUUCACUCACAGAAGGUCAGAUGGAGACGUCCAAUCAGGACAGGCCCAAUGACACCGCCUCACAGGUGAAUGGGACUGACCAUGGGGACAGCUCAGAGGCUGCAGGUGUUGGCAGUGGAAGACUGGAGUCUGGUGUGGAUCUGGCCCUGGAGAGCUCCUGCCCCAUCAAGGAGACCCCUGCUAACAGCGAGUGUACCCCCCCUGCCCCCUCCACCACGGGCCCGUCCUGCCCGGACCACUCCCAGCCCCUGCCUCGCCGUGGCAACAGCCAGGGCACAGCCAACCGGGUCGUCCCUCUGAAGAGGAGGCGGGCCUCCCCUCCACCCAAGAGCUCUGGUGCUAAGAGGCCGGGGAGGUGGGAGCCCCCGCGCCCGUCCCAGGAGAGGAGGAGCAGGGGCGUGACUCCCACGCCCCCGGCCCCCUCCCCAGCCACCGAGGCCUGCAGGAAGGGCCUGAACACACACGGGGUGACGUCUGAGUCCCACAGCCCCCCAGGACCACAAGCCCCACCCGAAUUGCCCAAACCCCUCAAAGAGAAACGGGCGGGGCGCGGCGGGCAGGGUCAGGAAACCCACCGCCGCGAGGAAGGGCAGGAGCCGUCCUGGGCGCCGACCUCUGACCCCGCGGUGCGGGACGCCAGCCGGUUCAGCCGGGAGGAGAGGGCCCAGGCGCUGCAGGAGGUCGCCCGUGCCCCCGCCCUGGUCCUCACCAUGGUGUACCAGGACGGCAGUACCCAGCUCUGCCCAAAGCAGAAGUCCCUCCCCUCGGCGUGCGGUGUGCUGGUCCUGCUGAAGCGGAGCCUGGACGUGACCGGGCCGGAGGAGGCCCCGGGCCCCGGCGACAGCCUCGUCUUCCUCCGGCUCGAGCAGCGGCCGGCCUGGGCCCAGCAAGACCUGGACCGGGACCAGGACCUCUUCACCAGAGAGGUGGUGCAGCGGGUGGUGUCGGCUGGCCAGGUGGUGGUGUGCUACAAAGCCAAGGACCUGCUCCGCUCGCUGCUGCAGCACUUCAGAGGAGACCUCGGCUGGAAGCAAGUGGCCCAGUGCCGCAUUCUGGACCCUCAGAUUGCAGCUUGGCUGCUUGAUCCAGCCGACUCCGCCUCCUGCUUCCAGGACUUGGUAACCAAACACUGCAGGAGACCAGCCAAGCACCCACUGCAGCCCCCGGCAUCCGGCAAGGCAUCUAACCUGGGCACCAGCCUCUCCCUGCUCUACCAGCUCAUGAUGGAGCUGCGCUCGAACCUACAGGCUCAGGGGCUGUGGGAGCUCUUCUCCAGCAUGGAGCUCAGCAUGAUUCCAGUGCUGGCAGCCAUGGAGAGCCAUCGCAUCCAUGUGGACAAGGAGGCUCUGAAGAGGACCUCAGAAAUGCUGGGGGCGAAGCUGAAACAGUUGGAGCAGGAAGCCCACAAGGCAGCGGGGCAGCAGUUCCUGGUGUCCAGCAGCGCUCAGCUCCGAUUGGUUCUGUUUGAGAAGCUGCGGCUGCAGGAUCGCUGUGAGAACAGGAAGCUGCCCAAGACCGUGCUCAAGCAGCAGCAGUCCACGUCUGAAGCAGUGCUUCUGCAGCUCCAGGACCUCCAUCCACUGCCCAGGAUCAUACUGGAGUACAGACAGGUUCACAAGAUAAAAUCGACCUUCGUUGAUGGGAUUCUGUCGUGCAUGAAAAAGACGUACGUCUCCUCCACCUGGAACCAGACCAGCGCAGUGAGCGGGCGUCUGUCAGCCAAGCAGCCUAAUUUCCAAGCCCUUCCCAGACAGCCUGUUCAGAUCAGUAAGAAGCAGUACAUCCCAGGAAAGCAGGCGGAGGUGGUGACGGUUCAUCCGCGCGACAUGUUCAUACCCCAGGAGGGCCGCACCUUUUUGGCCGCCGACUUCUGCCAGGUGGAGCUGCGCCUCCUGGCUCACCUGACCUCUGACCCUGAGCUGCUGCGGCUCUUCCAGGACCCGGAUGCAGACGUCUUCUCCAUGCUGGCCUCACAGUGGAAGGGAGUCCCUGAGGACCGGCUGAACCCGGAAGACAGGGAGCACGCCAAGCGCAUCGUCUACUCCGUGGUCUACGGAGCAGGCAGGGAGCGUCUGUCUGGGAUUUUGGGGGUCAGCGCGGAGCAGGCCAGUCGGUUUGUGGACAGUUUCCUGCAGAGGUACAGAGAGGUGCAGAACUUCAUACAGAGGACCAUCCAGCAGUGCCAAAAACAAGGAUACGUGGUGUCUAUAAUGGGACGUCGGCGGUCUCUGCCUAACAUUCACUCUGCCGACUGGGCUGUCCGGAACCAGGCAGAACGGCAGGCCGUGAACUUUGUGGUCCAAGGCUCUGCAGCAGACCUCUGUAAGAUGGCCAUGAUCCGCAUCUUCUCCCUGGUGUCCUCUUCCUCCUCCCUCACGCCCAGGCUGUUGGCCCAGAUUCACGAUGAGCUACUCUUUGAGGUGGAAGACUCCCAGGUGGAGGACUUUGCAGCUUUGGUUCAGACCACCAUGGAGUCGCUGCAGCACAUUGACUCGCUUGGAGUUCAUCUCAAGGUCCCUCUGAAGGUGGUGGUGUCGAGCGGCAGGUCGUGGGGCUCCAUGUCGGAGCUGCACCUCCCCCCCGCUCCUCCACGCCCGGCUCUCUGAGCCUCUGUCUGGAUGCUCAUUGCUAGGCAACCGCUGGCAGCUGCAGCUUCUGCUGCACCUCGUUCUUCUGCAGAAUUCUCCCGCACUCGCUGUCUGUAUCCGGGGGCAACGGCAGAGGCUCCAGACUGGAUCGCACCAGUUCCUUUUUUUUUUUUUUUUUUUUUUGCCAAUUUUCUAUUUUUUCCUCUUCUCUUUUCCCCUCUCUUCUGUCUCUCCCGCUCCUCUGUUCUCUCUUGAGCAGGCAAGGCCAGCCUGACCGUGUGAAGGUUUCGUCUGAUUCGCUUUUAUUCAGGAUUGUCUUUGUAAAGGCGCUGACGCUGCUAUCACUUCAAAUUGCCUUACCAUCGGAAUGCAAGGUGUCAGAACCUAUUUUAGACAUGAGCCUUUUGAAUUGGAACUGUUUAAAUGUUCAACGCUGCAUCUGUUCAAGUCAGAGCCUCCAGCAGUAUUUAUUUUCUUGUUGUUAUAAUAGUACGCAUUCAUAAAAGCCUCUUUUUUCAGGCCGAAGCAUGAACUGAAAAUGAGUGCGGAAGUAGAUUUCAGCGUUGGGGUUUUAAUGAAUUUUGUAUGCUGUUUUCCAAUUGACAUUGCUGUUCUGUAGCUCUGUCUUCACAUUGUCCCCAUUUAAGAAUUUUGACAGUUAAUAUGUUUAAUGUUGAAGCGCUUUGUGAAUUUAAAUUUUUAACUGAAAUUUGAAAUGGUGUGUUGCUUGCUUGAGAGGGCAGUGAUUGCACCUUUCCCCUGAGCUCGAUGGGCAAUCCCUUAUUAGUGCGUUUGGCAGCAGUGUGCGUAGGCCUUUCUUUUUUUGUCUCUGUGGCUUUGUGGCCUUUUGAGCACAAAUAUGUGCUCACACAUUCAUCCCACCACACACACACACACACACACACACACACACACACACACACCCUCUCAGCAACAGACCCGCCGACCCAGUUUCACCGUGGCUAAUGAAUGUCUCACUUUCAGGUGUUAUGUGCAGUGCAUUGUGGGAUGACUGGGCACCCUGUGGUCUUUUUUCGAGUCUGUUGAAGCACUGGGGCCUGAACACUCAGGCCUAAAUCCGUUAGAGUGUUAGAUGGACCAAAACAUCAGGAACUAGGCUCUCCGAUCAUUAAAAAAUACAUUUAUUGCAUUUUUUUAUGUCGGCACUCCCCAAAAUGAGUCAUUUACUGACUGUCCGAAUGGCCGUCUGGCUCAGUGCGCAGUGCCGCAGAAUGUUCCGGGAGCUGGGAACGCUCACACACCAGCUCUGACCUAACGGGCCCUGUCAGGUGUUCACUGAGAUCCAGUUUAGCCUCAUCAUUAGAUUUUUUUUUUUGAUUCCUACUUUACAAACAAAAGCAGUACCUGCUGCAGUGAUGGGCUGAUGGACAAGAGGGAUUUCUCAAGGCAGUACAGGAUGGGGGUGGGCAGGGGGCGUGGCUCUCUUACACUGAACACGCACAGAUUCUAAAUUGCGGAGAAAAAAUUACAACUAUUACAAUUUCAUAUUUGCUAUUUUAUUUGUGCUAUAUGCUUCUUACUAUGUUGGCUCUUAAAAUAUGACCUGAGAUCUAUAUGAAGUAGGAAAAAAGUCAGCCUUCAGUGUUACGCAAAGCACGAUAUCCUGCUGAACACUUCAAACUCUCCUACCAAUACUGAACACACUGUCCUACCCGCUUCUGAUCAAAGUGAAUGGCGAAUGCUGAAGCCAUAUGGAGAGAUUUGAUAAGACUGUUCCUGAUUGGACAUGGUGGACGCACACACCUGAGCAGGGCUGGAGAGCUCGAGUCACAGAUAAACCCAUUUCCCAGAAAACCACCGUCAUAAAGGGUAACGUACACACUGCCUCCCAAAGCUUUCCCCUGCAUGUACACAGUAUUUAGUGUUUGUGUGUGUGUGUGUGUGUGUGUGCUUGAAAUCCGUUUCUCUGUCUUUAUUUGCAUGAAAACUGAGUCUACUGAGAACAUUUGUCAUUAAAUCGUCAGUCUUUGUUAGUCCAUAGAAAUGUAAAUUAAAAAUACGCUUGAUGUUGAUCCCCGUUCUGUGUUACUUGUUUUAUUUAUUUAUUUAUCAGAUGCUUUUAUCCAGUGCGUAUGUCUGAUGCGUAGUUGGUUCAUGUAUCUUCUUUUCCCUGUUUCUAUGGUGAUCUGCAAAAAAAAAACGAUUCAGAAGCUAAAAAACAGUGCAAGCUUGUGUUUUGUUUUUUAUUGAAACCGUAUGUACAUCCAUUUCUUUCAUAAUGCAGGAAAUCAUUUCUUUACAUCUUUACAGUGUUUCCUUUUAAAAAAAAAAAAAAGAAGAAAAGAAAAAAGGAAAUCCAAAGACCAAAAUAACAGUGAAAGGAAUAUUAAAGGAACUCAAAUACAAACCCCAGAGAACCAGGAUAUCACUGCAUACACGACAGUCAUUCUGUCCACAGGCUGGCCACGCCCUAACGACUUCACCCUCACUCUCCCACGCGCGGCCCAGCCCGACGGCUGCAUAUGGUCUUGUCGUAGCUGCUGCGCUUUUGCACGUGCUUGUCUCCAUCUGAAGGAGCCCAGAGCAGAGAGGACUAACGCUACAGCAGUGACGGGAUCCUGACCCUCAGGAGCGCAUGUUCUAAUCUGGUUGCUGGGCAGAAA